CGAUGGGCAGUGACAGCUGGGCAAGGGGCGGCCCUGGCCUUGGCUCCGCCUGUGCAAAAGGGUCUCCCAAUAAGCCAUCAGGUUUCUCUCCCCUCCUUCCUAAAAGGGAGCCGAAGAGGGUUUGGACUGGAUUUCCCCUGCUGCAGCAGCCAUGGCUAGGCAGGCAGCCAAAACGUUGUGGUAUGACCGUCCACGUUAUGUAUUCGUGGAGUUCUGUGUGGAGGACAGUGAGAAUGUGAAAGUGGACCUUGAUGAUUACAAAGUGGUGUUCAGCUGUAAGAAUGCUGAUGGCGUGGAGCUGUACAACGAGAUUCACUUUUAUGCCCGGGUAAAUUCUAAGGAUUCUCAGAACAAGCGCUCAGGAAGAUCAAUCACUCUCUUUGUGCGUAAGUGGAAGGACAAAGUGGGCUGGCCACGUCUGACUAAGGAGGAUAUCAAGCCAGCGUGGCUUUCUGUAGAUUUUGAUAACUGGCGGGACUGGGAAGGAGACGAGGAGGUAGAAGCAGCCAUGGCGGAGCAAUAUGCAGAGCUCAUGGAGAAAGUCACCCCAAAGAGGGAGCCUCCUGCAAUGGAUGACCUUGAUAUGAAACAACAGCACGAGAUGAAGAGGAAGAAUGCAAUGGAGAAAGUGCCGAGUGAAUGCAACCUAAGGAUAUUUAGACGUCACUGCUUUCUUCCAUGAUACAAUGGAAGGACUGCUAGUGCUAAGUUUACAUGGCAACUCUCUUCACUGAUAUUCUCAUACUGGAUGGCAAUGUAGUGGGCACACUCUUGACUCCGACUUAUAGUAGGGGUUAAUCAGGGCCUUUCCACACAGCCAUAUAACCCAAAAUAUCAAGGCAGAUAAUCCACAAUAUCUACUUUGAACUGGAUUAUCUGAGUCCACACUGCCAUAUAAUCCAGUUCAAUGUGGAUUUUAUACAGCUGUGUGGAAGGUACAACCCUCCACAUGUUACCCAACUGCUAUUCUCAAUAUUUUUAAUUGCUGGCUAUGAUGCCCAUGCCUGCUGCGAACUACAUUUCAGCAACAUCUGAUAAGAUGUCUUUUAUCCACUCCAGCCUACAACACGACACUGCCUCUUUCUUUUUUUUCGUAUUUUGCUUUCUUCCUAAACUAAUCUAUCUCCUUCUCCCUUCCUUUUCCAUUCCCCUGUUCCAUUCUGUAGGGCUUCCUGUGUCCCAGGAAUGAUGUAUGUAAUAGAGUUUCAACUUCUGCCAAUAAAUAAUGAUAAUACCUCUGAAAA